AAUCCUUCUAGCAACAUCUAUGAUCUGUCAAACGUUCGCUGACGUAAAAUUUUUCCACUGCAUAAAUCUUUGUUUUCACGACGAGAAAUCUUAGACGUCCGCAGUUUAAGCCUCAAAGGCAGCGCGUAGCGCGUGAUGUGAUAGUGGUACCCAUGUCGGACAUGGAGGGCAAAGGCCAGGAGGCCAUGACCGAUCAGAGGAGACCAUUUUUCUACCCAGACAGCAGCAGCGAUACCGAGGAGUACAGAAGGGAUAACGAAGAUAGGAGAAAGAGGUUGUCUAAGAGGAAUAUGCCUCCUAUGAGGGCGCGUUUGUCUUCAGCAAGCAUGCCUCCGAAAAACCAAGCAAACACGCCUCUUCCUUCGACGUCGUCAGCUCAAGAUCCGCCUAGAAAUGGAAAGCAGCUAUGUGAAGAUAGAAUUACUUUGGUAGUAGAUAAUACUAGGUUCGUGGUAGACCCAGCGCAAUUCACAGCUCAUCCCAAUACGAUGCUUGGCAGGAUGUUCAGUUCAGGUCUAGAAUUCACACAUCCCAAUGAGCGAGGAGAGUAUGAGGUGGCUGAAGGCAUCUCGGCAACAGUGUUCCGAGCCAUUCUCGAGUACUACCGUGGCGGAGCUAUCCGUUGCCCGCCAGCUGUAUCCGUUCAGGAGCUGAGAGAAGCCUGCGACUAUCUGCUGGUGCCGUUUGAUGCUGAUACUGUUAGAUGCCAGAACCUCCGCGGUCUCCUCCACGAGCUGUCCAACGAGGGCGCCCGGCGGCAGUUCGAGAACUUCCUCGAGCGCCUCAUCCUGCCGCUCAUGGUGCAGUCGGCGCGGCGCGGGGACCGCGAGUGCCACGCCGUGGUGCUGCUCGAUGAUGAUGCAGUCGAGUGGGACGAGCAGUAUCCUCCGCAGAUGGGGGAUGAAUACAGUCAAACUGUGCUGUCCACGCCGCUGUAUAGGUUCUUCAAGUAUAUUGAGAAUAGAGAUGUUGCGAAGCAAGUGAUGAAAGAGCGUGGACUCAAAAAGAUUCGUCUCGGCGUGGAGGGCUACCCAACUUAUAAAGAGAAAGUUCGCAAAAGGCCCGGAGGCCGAGCCGAGGUGAUCUACAACUACGUCCAGCGGCCCUUCAUCCACAUGUCCUGGGAGAAGGAGGAGGCCAAGAGCCGGCACGUGGACUUCCAGUGCUUCAAGUCCAAGAGCGUCACCAACCUCGCCGAGGCCACCGCCGACCCCGUCAUGGAGCUCGAGAACCGGGUGCGCGAGCUGGAGGUGGAACAUCAGCCCGAGCCUCCAGCGGAGCUCCCGGCAGAGGAGGAACCGGCGCAGUGACCCGCUCGUACCACGCUAGCGCUCUUAGCUAGCUUCUGUUGGCAUUGCGCCUGACGUUAUACCACUCUUAUACCAUGUAAUACCACACUUGUAACAUGGAGACCACUGUAUACAUUAGUAGGUUGGCUUCUCAGAGUCAUUUGCUACAGAUACUAGAACCGGCGCAGUGACCCGCUCGUACCACGCUAGCGCUCUUAGCUAGCUUCUGUUGGCAUUGCGCCUGACGUUAUACCACUCUUAUACCAUGUAAUACCACACUUGUAACAUGGAGACCACUGUAUACAUUAGUAGGUUGGCUUCUCAGAGUCAUUUGCUACAGAUACUAGAACCGGCGCAGUGACCCGCUAGUACCACGCUAGCGCUCUUAGCUAGCUUCUGUUGGCAUUGCGCCUGACGUUAUACCACUCUUAUACCAUGUAAUACGACACUUGUAACAUGGAGACCACUGUAUACAUUAGUAGGUUGGCUUCUCAGAGUCAUUUGCUACAGAUACUAGAACCGGCGCAGUGACCCGCUCGUACCACGCUAGCGCUCUUAGCUAGCUUCUGUUGGCAUUGCGCCUGACGUUAUACCACUCUUAUACCAUGUAAUACCACACUUGUAACAUGGAGACCACUGUAUACAUUAGUAGGUUGGCUUCUCAGAGUCAUUUGCUACAGAUACUAGAACCGGCGCAGUGACCCGCUCGUACCACGCUAGCGCUCUUAGCUAGCUUCUGUUGGCAUUGCGCCUGACGUUAUACCACUCUUAUACCAUGUAAUACCACACUUGUAACAUGGAGACCACUGUAUACAUUAGUAGGUUGGCUUCUCAGAGUCAUUUGCUACAGAUACUAGAACCGGCGCAGUGACCCGCUCGUACCACGCUAGCGCUCUUAGCUAGCUUCUGUUGGCAUUGCGCCUGACGUUAUACCACUCUUAUACCAUGUUAUACCACACUUAUACCAUGGAGACCACUGUGUACACUAGUAGGUUGGCUGCUCAGAGUCAUUUUCUAAAGAUACUAGAACCGGCGCAGUGACCCGCUCGUACCACGCUAGCGCUCUUAGCUAGCUUCUGUUGGCAUUGCGCCUGACGGUAUACCACUCUUAUACCAUGUAAUACCACACUUGUAACAUGGAGACCACUGUAUACAUUAGUAGGUUGGCUUCUCAGAGUCAUUUGCUACAGAUACUAGAACCGGCGCAGUGACCUGCUUGUACCACGCUAGCGCUCUUAGCUAGCUUCUGUUGGCAUUGCGCCUGACGUUAUACCACUCUUAUACCAUGUUAUACCACACUUAUACCAUGGAGACCACUGUAUACACUAGUAGGUUGGCUUCUCAAGAGUCAUUUGCUAGAGAUACUAGAACCGGCGCAGUGACCCCGCUCGUACCAUGCUAGCGCUCUUGGCUAGCUUCUGUUGGCAUUGCGCCUGACGUUAUACCACUCUUAUACCAUGUUAUACCACACUUAUACCGUGAAGACCGCUGUGUACACUAGUAGGUUGGCUUCUCAGAGUAAUUUUCUACAGAUACUAGAACCGGCGCAGUGACCCGCUCGUACCGCGCUAGCGCUCUUAGCUAGCUUCUGUGGGCAUUGCGCCUGACGUUAUACCACUCUUAUACCAUGUAAUACCACACUUGUAACAUGGAGACCACUGUAUACAUUAGUAGGUUGGCUUCUCAGAGUCAUUUGCUACAGAUACUAGAACCGGCGCAGUGACCCGCUCGUACCGCGUUAGCGCUCUUAGCUAGCUUCUGUUGGCAUUGCGCCUGACGUUAUACCACACUUAUACCAUGUUAUACCACACUUAUACUAUGGAGACCACUGUAUACACUAGUAGGUUGGCUUCUCAAAGUCAUUUUCUAAAGAUACUAGAACCUGCGCAGUGAUCCGCUCGUACCACGUUAGCGCUCUUAGCUAGCUUCUGUUGGCAUUGCGCCUGACCUUAUACCACUCUUAUACCAUGUUAUACUACUCUAAUACCAUGGAGACCACUGUGUACACUAGUAGGUUGGCUUCUCAGAGUCAUUUGCUACAGAUACUAGAACCAGCGCAGUGACCCGCUCGUACCACGCUAGCGCUCUUAGCUAGCUUCUGUUGGCAUUGCACCCGACGUUAUACCACUCUUAUACCAUGUUAUACUACACUUAUACUAUGGAGACCACUGUAUAUACUAGUAGGUUGGCUUCUCAAAGUCAUUUUCUAAAGAUACUAGAACCGGCGCAGUGAUCCGCUCGUACCACGUUAGCGCUCUUAGCUAGCUUCUGUUGGCAUUGCGCCUGACCUUAUAACACUCUUAUACCAUGUUAUACUACUCUAAUACCAUGGAGACCACUGUGUACACUAGUAGGUUGGCUUCUCAGAGUCAUUUGCUACAGAUACUAGAACCGGCGCAGUGACCCGCUCGUACCACGCUAGCGCUGUUAGCUAGCUUCUGUUGGCAUUGCGCCUGACGUUAUACCACACUUAUACCAUUUUAUACCAUGUUUUAUAACUCUUAUAUCAUGGAGACCACUGUAUACUCUAGUAGGUCUCUAUUACUCUUAAUAAACAUAAUAAAGCAAACUGUGUUUUGUUUAAUAAAUCAAACGCAUUUAUACUGAAAAUACAAAAUUUGAAAGAUCUUACGUGAGAUUCGAGGGGAGAUUUCAAAAAACCUCAAAAGCCCCUCACUAGUUUGAUACACUGAACUACGAUCGCGAGUACAAGCUCCUGCUAAUGGUCCUCGUAAUGGAUUGAAAUUUUCAUGAUCAAGAUCACAGCUAAUUUUGAUUUCAUGUCGAAAUUAUUUGAAAACAAAAAUUUGAUUGACUCGUAACAAUUUAAACUGGGUCACUCACGCUAAGUCAAACAGAGCUUGUCAUGUUUCGCUCUAUAACGAGCAACUUUAUCUAGAGGAGCCUUUCUUUU